CUUCCUACUGAUGCCUUUGGGGACAUUCAGUUUGAAAACAUGGGAAAAAGAGGAAAGUACAUCCGCCUGUCGUGCGACACAGACUCAGAAACACUCUAUGAACUCAUGACCCAGCACUGGCACCUGAAGACCCCCAACCUGGUUAUCUCCGUCACUGGGGGCGCAAAGAACUUUGCGCUCAAGCCCCGAAUGCGCAAGAUCUUCAGCAGGCUGAUCUACAUUGCCCAGUCCAAAGGGGCCUGGAUUUUCACCGGAGGCACACACUAUGGGCUGAUGAAGUACAUUGGGGAAGUGGUCAGAGACAACACCAUCAGCCGCACCUCGGAGGAGAACGUGGUGGCCAUUGGCAUCGCAGCCUGGGGCAUGAUUUCCAACCGGGACACUCUGCUUCGCAGCGCUGACAGCGACGGGUACUACUUGGCCCACUACAUCAUGGAUGAUCUCAAGAGAGACCCUCUCUAUUGCCUGGAUAACAAUCACACCCAUCUCUUGCUGGUUGAUAAUGGCACCCAUGGACACCCCACGAUUGAGGCAAAAGUGCGAACUCAGUUAGAAAAGUACAUUUCGGAGCGAGUUAUCCCAGAAUCUAAUUAUGGUGGGAAGAUUCCAAUUGUAUGUUUUGCUCAAGGUGGAGGGAAAGAGACUUUGAAGUCUAUCAACGUGGCUAUUAAGAGUAAGAUUCCCUGUGUUGUGGUGGAAGGCUCUGGCCGGAUCGCUGAUGUUAUCGCUAGCCUGACGGAGGCAGAAGGCACUCCUGCUUCUUCAUGUGUCAAGGAGAGCUUGCUCAGGUACCUGCCUCGCACCAUUUCAAGGCUCUCGGAGGAGGAGACUGAAAGCUGGAUCAAAUGGAUCAAAGAAGUACUUGAGAACCCUCAUUUAUUGACAGUUAUCAAAAUAGAAGAAGCUGGAGAUGAAAUUGUGAGCAAUGCCAUUUCUUUUGCUCUGUAUAAAGCUUUCAGCACCAAUGAACACGACAGAGAUAACUGGAAUGGGCAGCUGAAGCUGCUGCUGGAGUGGAACCAGUUGGACCUGGCCAGUGAUGAGAUCUUCACCAAUGACCGAAACUGGGAGUCUGCUGACCUGCAGGAUGUCAUGUUCACAGCCCUAGUGAAAGACAGGCCCAAGUUUGUCCGUCUCUUCCUGGAAAAUGGCUUGAAUCUGAGGAAGUUCCUUACCACAGAGGUCCUUAGAGAGCUGUACACGAAUAAUUUCAGCAGCCUGGUGUUCAAGAACCUGCAGAUUGCAAAGAACUCCUAUAAUGAUGCACUCCUCACAUUUGUGUGGAAGAUGGUCGAAGACUUCCGAAGGGGUCUUAAAAGAGACGACAAAAAUAGCAAGGAUGAGAUGGAGAUACAUCUUUCAGAUGAGUGUCCUAUCACCAGGCAUCCGUUGCAAGCUCUGUUUAUCUGGUCAGUUCUUCAGAACAAGAAGGAGUUGUCUAAAGUUAUUUGGGAGCAAACCAGAGGCUGCACAUUGGCAGCCCUUGGGGCCAGCAAGCUCCUGAGAAGCAUGUCCAAGGUGAAGAAUGAUAUCAAUGCUGCUGGUGAGUCUGAGGAACUCGCUAAUGAGUAUGAGACAAGAGCAGUAGAGCUGUUCACCGAGUGCUACAGCAGCGAUGAGGAGCUGGCUGAGCAGCUGCUGACCUAUUCCUGUGAAGCCUGGGGAGGGAGCAAUUGUCUGGAGCUGGCAGUGGAAGCUAGAGACCAGCAGUUCAUCGCCCAGCCAGGGGUGCAGAAUUUCCUUUCCAAGCAGUGGUAUGGAGAGAUUUCAAGAGAUACUAAGAACUGGAAGAUUAUACUGUGCCUGUUCUUUUUCCCUUUAAUAGGCUGUGGUUUCAUCUCAUUCAGGAAAAAGCCUGUGGAGAAGAGUAAGAAACUCUUCUUGUACUACGUGUCGUUCUUCACCUCCCCCUUUGUGGUCUUCUCCUGGAAUGUCAUCUUCUACAUAGCUUUCCUGCUACUCUUCGCCUACGUGUUGCUGAUGGAUUUCCAGAAGGAACCCACUGCUCUGGAGAUAAUCCUUUACGUGCUGGUCUUCAUUCUGCUUUGUGAUGAAGUGAGACAAUGGUACAUGAAUGGCAGUAAGUAUUUCUUAGAUCUGUGGAAUGUUAUGGAUACACUAGCAAUCUUCUACUUCAUAGCGGGGAUUGUGUUCAGGCUUCACUCAUCUGAUGAAAGCUCUUGGUAUUCUGGGAGAGUCAUUUUCUGUUUGGACUACAUAGUUUUUACUCUGAGGCUGAUCCAUAUUUUCACAGUUAGCAGGAAUCUAGGACCCAAAAUUAUUAUGCUGCAGAGGAUGAUGAUAGAUGUCUUCUUCUUCCUCUUCCUCUUUGCUGUGUGGAUGGUGGCCUUUGGUGUGGCCAGACAGGGCAUCCUGAGGAAGAACGAGCACCGCUGGGAGUGGAUAUUUCGCUCCGUCAUCUAUGAGCCGUACCUGGCUAUGUUUGGCCACUACCCUGAUGAUGUUGAUGGUACCACCUACAACUUCGACCGCUGCACCUUUUCUGGGAAUGAGUCCAAGCCCUUGUGUGUGGAGCUGGAUGCCAACAACCAACCCCGCUUCCCAGAGUGGAUUACCAUUCCCCUUGUCUGCAUUUAUAUGCUCUCAACUAACAUCCUCCUUGUGAACCUGCUUGUGGCCAUGUUUGGUUACACCGUUGGAUCAGUCCAGGAGAACAAUGACCAGGUGUGGAAGUUCCAGCGUUACUUCUUGGUCCAAGAAUAUUGCAGUCGCUUGACCAUCCCCUUCCCCUUUGUUAUCUUUGCCUACAUAUUCAUGGUGAUGAGGAAAUGUUUCAAAUGCUGCUGCAGGAAAGAAAGUAAAGAGCCAUCUAUCUGCUGCUCAAAAAAUGAGGACAAUGAAAUUCUGGCAUGGGAAGCUGUCAUGAAGGAAAAUUACCUUGUCAAAAUGAACACCAAAGCAAAUGAUUCAUCAGAAGAGAUGCUGCAUCGAUUCAGACAACUGGAUGCAAAGCUCUCUGAUUUGAAAGGCCUUCUGAAAGAGAUUUCCAGCAAAAUCAAAUGAAUGCAGCUGACAUCCAAGAGCAGCUACCUGAGCAGGGUACCAAUUCAUCAAGAAUAAUUAUCUGAGCUGGCAGUAACCACCAAGCAAAUGGUAACUGAUCCACCAGAGUGUCACCAUUUCAGCAGGAGUUACUAAGACUUUCUUUAGUUUCUAUUUUUUUCAGAAAACAGCCCUUUCUGCUUGUUGCAAGAAAAUGGUAAAAUGUUAAGAUGACUGUUUAUCUCCUGGCAGGACUCCCACAUUCCUCAAGCUCUUAUUUCCUCAUCUCCCUUGAUGUUCAGUGCCAGCAAUUAGCCCUUGUCAGCUGCUGUUAACAAGCACUCCUAAUUCCAAGAGUUCUGCUCUUGCUGCCAAAGUCCCUUUGCUUUUUGGGUUUCAUUUGGCCAGUAAUUCCCUGUCUUAACGAAUUAAUCUCCCUUCCCUCUCCUUUGUGUAGUAGCCAGAUCUAGCUUGAUGCUUGCAUGGUCUGUCUGUCAGCCCUGCUGAUGUCUGUAAUGCUUGUGUGCCAGAGUACAGUGUAUUUCAGCAUCAUGCCCCAGAGGAAAGACUGCCUUUGCUCCCACCAUGCGCCCACAUUUCAGACUCCACGUGAACACUGUGAACUUCUUCCCCCUCUACCUGGAACUGUGCAGCAAUGCAGGAGCUCAACUACUACAACUCUACAUGGGAAAGAUUUCAUUCAUCUGGGAAGUGUUUCCAGAGACCUCAUAUGCAGUCCUUGCUUGUUCCUUGAGUGCAGUUGGAGCAUUGCAACGUGUUUAACUCCUUGAAGCAUCUGUUUGCAGAUGUUUGUGUUUAGAAAUGGAGAAGAGAUUGUUUGUCAGCUUUCAAUAUUGUGAUGCUUGCUGUGGUGAGGUUGCUCUUCCUGCUCCCUUUCUAAACUAGCAGCUGAAUUUUGUGUGGUAUAACUGGAUGCAUUGCCCUCUGAAGGGAAAACACCACAAAUGGCAUUUGCUUACCUUCUUAAGAAUUGUAUCUGUCUUCUUCCCCAGUGUCUAGGAAGGAUCUCCCAAGAUGUUUGAUUUUGAAGAUUGAGGUAUUUUCCUUUUGCUGGCAAGGGCUUUCAUAGUCCCUUCUCUUGCAGCUACUCUAGGGGCUGCCAGGCACAAGAUGUGGGUGCCACAUGAGGGCUCCAGAUGAGUAGUUAAGUAAGCAGAGGAUUUUGGCUAAAGCAGAACGCUCCCCAGGUGAGCAGUGUGAAUAGAGCCAUCUGCUGCCAGGCUGGAGAGCAGGCCAGCCUCUGUGCACAGCAGCAUGUCCCAGCCCACCUCUGCUGUGAAAACAGGCUGGUCCAGGCUGGUGAAGACCAGACUCUGCUGUGUGUUUUGGUGUUUGCUUCAGAAGCACUGCUGAACAAGGAGAAUGUUUCUGCUUUAGGGAGCAGCUCUGUGGCUGAGGCCAGCACAGCUGUGCAUUGUCUGCCAGAGCUGCUGCUCAGCCUGUGUAGCUGAGAAUGGAAUAGUUCUGCAGGGAAAACUGUGAUGAGGCCUUGUCAGAAAGGUGACUUCUCUUUUCUUGCUGCUUCACAUCACCUAACUUGCCUGUAUGCCCUGCCUACCAAUAGCAGCCUUGCUUGUUUACAUGAGGAUAUAUUUGUGUUUUCCUCCUAAAAAGCUGAAAAAAGACUCAGGCUUCUGUUGACUUCUGUGGCCAUUACCUUGUAUCAUAAAUUAUUGAGAUAAGUGUCCUUUCUAGAAGUAUUUUUUUCCUGUGCCAUUUAUAUGCUUUGAAUGUGAAAACUGUGCUUUUAGUCUGUUCCUUCCAUGUAUAAAACCUGCAGUGUUCUCGCCAGCAUCUCUGGUGAUCUGUUCUCUUACAGUAACUGUGUAACUUUGAACCAUGCUCUGAAAACCCCAAACCCUGGAGUCUGCCCCUCCCAACCGCUGCAGCCCAUCA